AAACCACAGUGUCCGAUGACGUCUAUAUAAUCAUACAAUAUAUCGAUGAUUUGGUCCCCUGAUGAAAGACAUAUAUGUUUUCGUGCGUUCUAUGAUCCCCCUGUAGGACUGUGACGGGGACUACGUGCAGCUGUUUGACUACGACAUGGAGGGAACGCGCACCCCUCUGGCACGACACUGCACAGAACGACGACCCAACGGUGACAUCCUGUCCAGCUGGAGCUCUCUAGGGGUGGAGUUCUACAGUGACGGGGGUCGGCGUGGGACCGGCUUCCGGAUCAAGUACAGUCUAGUGAGAACAAGCCUGGGUAUGGACGCGGGUGCACCAAGCGACGACGGAUGGUACACGUUGGGCGACAGUUCGUACAAGCUCAACGUGCACGACGCUGGGAUCACGUGGGGGGAAGCACGUGACAACUGCAGCCAAAGUGGCGGCCAUCUUGUCAGCAUUCGGGACCAGCAGGAGAUGGCGGCCGUGUACGCACUCAUACUCGCAACGAACGUCUUCCGCCGCCGAGAGGUCUUCAUUGGUUUGAGGAAGACUGCUGGGGCUGGCUGGUCGUGGCUUGAUGGGCGACCGCUGUCCUACACUGACUGGUACCAGGAUCCGGGGACCAGGAUCUCCCAGCCAGACGGGUUGGACCAGGAGUUGUGUGGCAUGCUGGUCAUAUCAACUCUGCAGUCCACAGCCACGUGGCAUGAUGUCGCAUGCGCAUUCGACCAGAUUACCCAGUUUGUCUGCGAGAAAAACAUCGGAUCAUUCAAUAACUCAGGGCGUCCAACGCUUCCCCUCACUCACUCCCCGCCAGACAUCACCAACAUCACCUAUCUGUACAGGUGUGACAAUGGGGAGUACAUCAGCCACGUGUACAGGUGUGAUGGUGUGGCCGACUGCUACGAUGCCACCGACGAAGACUGCAAUACGACCGCUUCAGAUGAAAGUGAGGCUGUGUGUUCUGGCUUCCGGUGCGGUGACGGCCAGUGCGUGUCGCUGCAGCUGUACUGCGACGCGCACCCCGACUGCGCAGACUCCGCGGAUGAAGCCGGCUGCAAGUACCCAGCGUGCCCUGCGUCCAUGUUCCGGUGUACAAGCGGUCAGUGUGUGGACGUCACCCAGCGAUGCGACCUCAAGUCAGAUUGCCUUGACCACUCCGACGAGGAGCAUUGUGACUUCUGUCCUGCGUCAACCUUUACGUGUUAUGAUGGCUCGUGCAUUCCGCUGCGUCAGCGCUGUGACGGCCACGUGGACUGUGGUGGUGCCUACCACGAGGAUGAGGACGCCAGCUGCAUCACUCAACCGCCAGCCACGUGCAACGACUGGUUCCACCUCGGCCAGACGCAACCCGGCCAGUUCCUCAUCAGCCCAAGCGGCGCUGAGCCUUUCUCAGUGCAGUGUGUGUUUGACGAGAGUUUUGCCUACACGCUCGUGCAUCACGACAAGGAGGACAUUAUCCGCAUCACACAGGAAGAGGGCACUGCGCAUGUCGAGAUGAUCUACCAGGCGACGAGGGAACAGAUUAACGCGGUGAAAGACGAAUCUUCAUAUUGUAGACAGUUUUUGCGCAUGCGUUGUCACCAUAGUAACACCAUCCGGAAGGGCAAUGUGUACUGGAACGAAUGGCGUGGCCCCAAGUACACCUUAAACUCCAGUCCCUUCUACUGUUGCUUUCUGAGGAAGACCUGUCAAGGAUCAUUAGACAUAUGUCACUGUGAGCGGACACGUGACUCUUGGUACGCAGCAGACGAUAACGAAUGGCGGGAGGACGCUGACUACAUCUUCAACACCGAGGCUCUUCCGGUUCUGAAGCUGUUUACCACCGAGGUUGACUUGUCAGAGAUAAUGGAGUUCCGAUUGGGACCUCUGGAGUGUCUACAGGUGCUGUCCAAGGCCGACCUGGAGGCUCGUAGCUUCCUGUGUGGGAAUGGCUUCACUGUGUCGCCGAGCGUCCGUUGUCGACUCCAGUACGACCAGUACAAGGAGCCAAUCGGCUGCAAGGAUCUCACUCACCUGAGGAACUGUGGGGAGGAGACCUGCCCCUCUGACUACAUGAAGUGCCCCCACAGCUACUGUGUGUCUGUCAGCCUCGUCUGUGACGGCCGACCCGACUGUCCCGGUGGGGAUGACGAGAUGGACUGUGAGAGCUGGACCUGCCCAGGUCUGUACCGCUGUCACGCGUCACGCACGUGUUUACCAUGGAGUCACGUGUGUGACGGCGUGUCCCACUGCCCCCGCGGGGAGGACGAGUUCCUGUGUCACGUGAUUUGCCCUGACGGAUGUAACUGUGAUGGCCCAUCAGUAUACUGCAACGACAACCGCGGCACCAACAUCUCCGACAUCCCAAGCGGCGCCAGAUCGCUGGUUUUAAACAACCAAGACAUAAACGAGGUGUCCUUCAGUGCAUUGACGAAACUCUACCAGUUAAACCUCUCCAAUGGUGUUCUGGGUCACAUAACAAAUGAUAUGUUCAGUGGGUUGAGAAAUUUGCGAAUGCUUGACUUAAGUUACAACUUGUUGGAAAUCAUAGGACCUAAUGUAUUUCGCGAUCUGCAGAAUUUGAAGACACUGGUUUUAGCUGGGAAUAGGAAGUUACGAUAUUUGUCUCCUGGGGCGUUUUCAGGUCUGAUGAAUGUUGUGGCAGUAGAUCUUUCUCGCCUCGCUAUAGAUGUCCUGGAGACCGGGACAUUUGAAGGCCUCAGUGGGGCGGUCACCUUGACCCUUGAAGGGAACAGAAUCACCGAGAUAGAAGAUGGCGCAUUUCAAGGUCUGGUGAAUCUGAAGAAACUGGACAUAAGAAACAACCCCAUCAGCUCCUUCACAGGGGACGUCUUCACGGGCCUGUCCACCCUGGGGCACCUCUCUACCGACUCCUACAUGUUCUGCUGCGCCCGGCCGGCCACCGUCCCCUCUGACCAGUGCCUGCCCCCAGCCGACGAGUUUUCCUCCUGCUCCGACCUGAUGAGGAACCUGGCUCUGAGAGUGUCCAUGUGGGUCCUGGGCUUCUCGGCCCUGCUUGGCAACAUGGCGGUGUUGGCUUACAGGGUGGUGUUCGACAAGACAGGACUCAGAAAAAGUAACGGCAUGUUCGUAGCGAAUCUCGGCAUCGCUGAUUUCCUCAUGGGAGUGUAUAUGUUGAUAAUAGCCAGUGCUGACGUCUUCUUCAGGGGCAGCUACAGCUGGAACAACGUCACCUGGAGACACAGCUGGGUGUGUAGUAUGUCCGGCUUCCUGUCCAUGGUGUCAGCGGAAGCGUCUGUCCUCUUUUUGACCGUCAUCACCUUAGACCGCUUCAUCGCCAUCAAGUUCCCGUUCAGUGGUGCCCGACUGGGGCGUCAGGGAGCUGUGACAUCUUGCAUCAUCAUCUGGAGCAUCAGUGUCGUCAUGGCAGCCGUCCCCCUUCUUCCUCUGACGUACUUCAGUGGCGGGUUCUUCUCCCGAUCUGGUGUCUGCCUCGCUCUUCCUCUCACCAGAGACAAGCCUCCCGGAUGGGCAUAUUCCACUGCCAUCUUUGUUGUCUUUAAUUUCUUUUGUUUCGUUGUCAUCGCCAUGGGCCAGGCCGGCAUCUAUCGUGAGAUCAGGAUCUCGGGGCGCCGAGUUCAGCAGCAACAAAGAAGGAUCGAUCUGAGCGUCGCCCGGAAGUUGUCCUUCAUCGUCAUAUCAGACUUCCUGUGCUGGUUCCCCAUCACUGUCAUGGGUUUGGUGGCGAUGAGUGGUCACGUGAUCGGUGGGGAAGUGUACGCGUGGGUGGCGGUGUUCGUCCUCCCCAUCAACUCCGCCCUCAACCCCGUCAUCUACACCCUAUCCUCCAUCGGCUGGACCACCCUCAGGACCCAGGUGCUGGGUGUGGACAGUUCCACCAGUGACAAGUCCACGAAGCGGGAGAAGUUGUCACGUGACUACCAGAGCGUCAUCAAACACCUACGGGCGGGGAACACUGACAUCGUGUUCACACAGCCACCUGAUAGCCUCGAUCUCACAUCAUUCCUCGCUUCAACCAAUCAGCUGUCCUUGAUGCACGUGCUACAUGUGGCCCGCCAUGUCGCCGAGCUGGUGGGGCGCCUUCACGCCCAAGGCCUGGUCAGCGGCUUCGUGGAGGAGGAGAGCGUGUUCCUGGCUGUGUCACAGGAGGGUCAUCUCCUCAGUGUGUGGAUGUCACUCCACCCCUCCAGACCCCGGAUGGACAGCGACUUUUACACCGACAUCAUCGACUACGGCCGUCUGGUUUCGAGAAUGUUACGGGCGUACACCAUGGCGCGCAAAGAGCGGGAGAAGCACCGGGCAGCAUCCCACACCAGCGACUAAAUGUCACCAGCGCAGACGCUACAACAUUACACUUACUUUCGAUGUGACUGUUAUCCUUUUAAUUCAAUAUGUAUCAUCUUAUUUAUUGGUCGUUUAUUAUUAAAGAAAGUACUUGGCUGAGGCAUGGAGUUGAGAAGACGCUUCAAGACGUCCACUCAGACAUUUAAGUCGUUCUCUGUUGACACAUAGUUUUGAUAUACAGUAAACUACGGUUAUAACGUACUCAAAUGGACCACUAUUUUUUGUUCGUUAUAACCGGAGUUCGCUAUAAGCAUAUAUACAGCAUAUAUACAGCAAAUGGACGGGACCAAAAACAGUUCGUUAUAUCCGUCAGUUCGUUAAAAGGGUGUUCAUUAUAAACGUAGUUUACUGUAAUGUAGAAUAUCUUGAUAAUAAUAGCCACGUUGUAAUUGUUUAUGUUUUGGUGUUGCCGUACAUGCAGAUGUGGAAUAUCCGUACAGAUGUGUUAGUGUUCUUGCUCCAUGUACAUGCGUCACUGUGACGGCGUUCCUGUAAGUCGUGCAAUAUAGCUGAAGCUGAAGCCUUUCAUUGCCCACGUGUUCCUGUAAAAGGUGGAUACCAUUAUGUUGUUGUUGUU